CUGGAUGAUCUUUACCUGAAAUUGCUAGAGAGCAGAGAGAUGUUUGUACUGAUACUUCUUGUGUGUGCUGUAGCAUUGCUCAUUUUGAGAAAAACGACAGCCUACUGGGUGAAACCAGUCACAAAGUUCCUCUUCCCAGUUGGAUACUGGCUCUACACGACACGUUUGGGCUAUGCAUUCCACCUCCGAUCCCUGAACAAGGAGAAGUCAAAGGUCAUCCCUCACUCUGUUGCACAGCCGACACCUUUAUCAGGUGUGCUGGUGGUCCCCAUUCCCAUUCUCAGUGACAACUACUCGUACUUUAUAAUCGACCUGACCAGUAAGGACGCAGUGGUGGUGGACCCAGCGGACCCUGGGGCAAUCAAGACAUACGUCGUGGAGAAAAGGAUAAACUUGAAAGCCAUUUUGACCACUCACAAGCACUGGGACCAUGCGGGAGGUAAUGUGCUCCUGAAGAGACAGUAUCCGGACCUGCAAGUGUACGGUGGAGCCAACGAGAACGUGGCAGCUCAAACACACCCUGUGAAGGAUAAUGAUACUAUAAAGCUCGGCAAGUUCACAAUCGAUGUUCUCUCCACUCCUGGGCACACCACUGGUCAUGUGGUGUACGUGCUGCAGAGUGAACCUCCGUGUGUGUUUACUGGAGACCUAAUAUUUGUUGCCGGGAAUGGUCAAAUGUUUGAGGGAACACCUCAGACAAUGCUUGCGUCCAUCAACAGGAUACAGCAGUUGCCUAGCAAUUCACUCCUGUUUCCAGGUCAUGAGUAUGCAUUCAAUGAUGUCAAGUUUGCAUCCUCUCUGCUGCCGUCCUAUACUCCUGUACAGAUGAAGUGGCAAUGGGUAAAGCAGCAGCGAUCCAUAAAGCUCUCUACAGUGCCCUCCAUUUUGUUGGAGGAGCUCAAGUACAACCCCUUCAUGCUGACUGACUCUGAUAUACUUAAAGAUGCCCUAGGGCUACCACACCACACCCCCCCGGCUGAGGUCCUGGCUAGACUGAGACAAAGAAAAGAUAACUUUCGUACAAACUAAACACUUAAUUGGCUAUUAUAAUGUUUUCAUGCAUUAUUUUGUUUUGUUUAUAAUUACUGAAGUCAAUGAACCCCAAAUUAUUUUUUCACCAAGAAAUUCUUGUAAACAUGUAAAAUUAUAAAGAG